ACGCGAACACACCCUGUGACAUCAGUGAGCGACCAGGAGCAGAAAAAACACCCAUCUUAGCAGACGCUGGAAGCAUUUUCUCGGUCAAAAACGUUCUCCAGUCUUAUUAGGAAAAAAAAAGAAACUUGAGCAAGAAUACAAGAGAAGCUCCAAGUUGCAGAAAAAGUGGUAUUUUGUGAGGCUCUGACUGGAUCUUGUGUGAGAAUGUCCACCUCAGACGAAGCAGACGGGUUCCGGCCGCGGUACGGCUCGGUUUUGGAUGGAGUGGAGCGUCUCACUGCAGAAGAGAUGGAUGAACGGCGACAACAAAACAUGGCGUAUGAGUACCUCUGCCACCUAGAGGAGGCCAAGCGGUGGAUGGAAGCCUGUCUGGAUGAGGAGCUGCCCCCCACCACGGAGCUGGAGGAGGGGCUACGCAAUGGCGUAUACUUGGCCAAGCUGGGCCACUUCUUUGCCCCCAAUGUUGUGUCCCUCAAAAAAAUCUAUGAUCGUGAGCAGACACGUUACAAGGCUACUGGACUUCAUUUUAGACACACGGACAACGUUAUCCAGUGGUUGAACGCCAUGGCAGAAAAAGGGCUGCCAAAGAUUUUUUACCCCGAGACUACAGACAUCUAUGACAGGAAGAACAUGCCCCGCUGUAUCUACUGCAUUCAUGCUCUCAGCUUGUACCUUUUCAAACUUGGACUGGCUCCUCAGAUUCAAGACCUGUAUGGCAAGGUUGAUUUCACAGAGGAGGAAAUCAACAACAUGAAGAGUGAACUGGAGAAGUAUGGCAUUCAGAUGCCAGCUUUCAGCAAGAUUGGUGGGAUACUGGCCAACGAGUUGUCUGUGGAUGAAGCUGCUUUGCACGCUGCUGUGAUUGCCAUCAACGAUGCCAUUGACCACGGAGUUGCAGAGGGCACCUUGGCAGCCAUGCAAAACCCCAAUGCCAUGCUUGUCAACAUCGUUGGGAGCUCAGCCCAACACUACCAGGAUACACUGUUCCAAGCCAAAGCUGAGAAAGUAGCCAAUUCCAGAAAACGUAUUGGUGAAAAUGCUGAGGCUGAAAGAGAUGUUUAUGAAGAGCUUCUCACUCAAGCUGAGAUCCAGGGCAAUGUCAACAAAGUAAACUUGUCAAAUGCCCUGGGCUUAGCAGAAAAUGCCCUCCUGAGUGGUGAUGAGGACAGACUGUAUGAUGCACUUCGGACUCCAGCUCUGGGUCUACGUGACCUCCAGUCACAAAACAAGAGCUGGUAUCUCAAGCAGCUAAUGGCAGACCGUGAAACCAAAGACCAGAAUGCCCCGGGGGAACCGCUUACAAAGGAAGAGAUACAAAGUGGAGUGGACUUGGCCAAUGAGAGUGCAGCUAGCUAUCAGCGAAUGUUGCAGGCUGUUGAGCGCAUCAACGCAGCCGUCAGGGCUGGUGUGCCUGAGAACACAGUAGCAGAGUUGAUGAACCCGGAUGCCCAGCUGCCUCAGGUGUACUCCAGUGCUGCUGAGCUCUACCAGCAAGAGCUUGCCAGUCUUCAGCAGCAGAGCACAGGGGGGUCGCUAACCCACCCAGAGCUGCUGGUUGCUGUGGAGAUGCUGUCUUCAGUGGUCCUGAUCAAUGAGGCACUGAAUGUAGGUGACCGUGCAGCCGUGUGGAGACAGCUUGCGAGUUCAGUGACGGGACUGAGCAAUGUGGAGGGGGACUAUGCCCAGAGGUACAUGGAUGAGCUGAUGCGCUUGAAGAAUGCAGCCCAGGAGGACGGUAGCAAGUACCUGACCUGGAACGACAUCCAGGCCUGCAUUGAUCAAGUCAACACUGCCGUGCACGAAGAGCAUGAAAGGAUUUUAGCCAUUGGUCAGAUCAAUGAAGCGCUAGAUGAGGGGGAUGUGAAAAAGACGCUGGCUGCUCUGCAGCACCCAGCUGCCAAGCUGAUGGAUGUGGAUCCCGCGGUGGCUCAACACUACUUUGACAAGCUGGUGGAGGCCCGCCGGGAGAAGGCACAUGAGACACAGGAUUCCUCUGCUGUUUUAUGGCUGGAUGAGAUCCAGAACACCGUGCUGGCCUCCAACAAAGAUACGCAAGAUGCCCUUUUGUUCUCUCAGGCAAUUCUAGGGAUCAACCAGGCAGUGGACAGUGGCGACGCCAGCAAAACUCUGGCUGCUUUGCGUACCCCGGGUGCUGGUCUCUACGGUGUCACUUCUGAGUGUGCACAGACCUACCAGACAGACUUAGCCAAAGUCAAGAAUGGCAAAAAGGCAGAGGGUGAUAAUGGCAGUGAGUGGGUGAAACAUUGGGUCAAAGGAGGACACAACUAUUACUUCAAUGUCCAGACUGGGGUGGGUACCUGGGAGGAGCCAGCCAACUUCAUCCCAAACAACACUCAGCUGAACAAGGAUGAGAUUCAGUCGGUGGUGUCUGGUGUGACUUCUGCCUACAAUCGAGAACAACUGUGGUUAGCCAAUGAGAGCCUGAUCACAAAGCUGCAGGCCCGCUGCCAUGGAUAUUUGGUGAGGAAUGGCCUCAAGAAACGACUCAACUUCCUCAAAGAGCAGGAUCCUGCAAUUACCUGCAUUCAGGCUCACUGGAAAGGUUACCAACAGAGAAAGGCCUUCAAAGAGAGGAAGCAGUACCUGAACGACCAUGCAAAUGAGGCUGUCAAGAUACAGUCAAUGGUGAGGAUGCACCAAGCUCGCAAAAAGUACCAAGACCGACUGAAGUAUUUCAGAGAUCAUAUUGCUGAUAUUGUGAAGAUCCAAGCGUUCAUACGAGCAAACAAGGCCAGGGAUGAUUACAAGACUUUGAUCAACGCGGAUGAGCCUCCCAUGGCAGUGGUACGGAAGUUUGUCCACCUGCUGGAUCACAGUGAUCAGGACUUCCAGGAGGAGCUGGAGCUUAUGAGGCUUCGCGAAGAGGUGGUCACCAACAUCCGGUCAAACCAACAGCUGGAGAAUGAUCUGAACCUCAUGGACAUCAAAAUUGGUCUUCUGGUCAAGAACAAGAUUACUCUGCAGGAGGUUGUUUCUCAUAGCAAGAAACUGACCAAGAAGAACAAGAGUGAGCUGUCUAACCUGAUGAUGAUGAACAAGCAAAAGGGAGGACUUAAGGCUUUGAGUAAGGAGAAAAGAGACAAGCUCGAGGCCUAUCAAAACCUCUUUUAUCUGCUUCAGACAAAUCCUACGUACCUGGCCAAGCUGAUCUUCCAGAUGCCCCAGAACAAGUCCACUAAGUUCAUGGACUCUGUGAUUUUCACACUGUACAACUAUGCCUCAAACCAGCGUGAGGAGUACCUCCUGCUCAAGCUCUUCAAGACAGCACUACAGGAGGAAAUCAAAUCUAAAGUGGAUCAGAUUCAGGAAAUCGUGACUGGGAACCCCACUGUCAUCAAAAUGGUGGUGAGCUUCAACAGAGGGGCACGUGGCCAGAACGCCUUGCGGCAGAUUCUGGCCCCAGUGGUCAAGGAGAUUAUGGAUGACAAAAACCUGAACAUCAAGACGGACCCAGUAGAUAUCUACAAAAGCUGGGUGAAUCAGAUGGAAUCUCAGACUGGUGAGGCCAGUAAGCUGCCAUAUGAUGUCACCCCAGAACAAGCCAUGAGCCACGAGGAGGUCCGAAACCGACUCGAGGCUUCCAUCAAGAACAUGAGGACAGUUACAGACAAGUUCCUUUCCGCUAUCAUUGUUUCCGUUGACAACAUUCCGUACGGGAUGCGGUUUAUUGCAAAGGUGUUGAAGGACACACUCCAUGAGAAGUUCCCUGAUGCCACUGAGGACGAGCUUCUGAAGAUUGUAGGGAACCUACUAUAUUACCGGUACAUGAAUCCUGCCAUUGUGGCCCCAGAUGCAUUUGACAUCAUUGAGUUGUCAGCAGGAGGUCAGCUGACCACUGACCAACGUCGCAACCUUGGCUCCAUUGCAAAGAUGCUUCAGCAUGCAGCAUCUAACAAAAUGUUUCUGGGAGACAAUGCCCACUUGAACCCUAUCAAUGAGUACCUUAGUAGCUCCUACCAGAAAUUCAGACGUUAUCUGUUAGCAGCCUGUGAUGUGCCUUCUUUGGAAGAAAAGUUCAAUGUGGAUGAGUAUUCUGACCUGGUCAACCUCACCAAGCCUGUUAUCUACAUCUCCAUCGGGGAGAUCAUCAACACACACACGCUCUUACUGGACCACCAGGAUGCUAUUGCACCUGAUCACAAUGACCCCAUCCAUGAGCUGCUGGAGGACCUGGGAGAAGUUCCCACCAUUGAGUCCCUGAUCGGUGAAAACCCCCUUCCUGCUGGAGACCCCAACAAGGAAAUGAUGGGCAAGACUGAGGUAUCCCUCACUCUCACUAACAAGUUUGAUGUUCCUGGCGAAGAGAAUGAAGAGAUGAAUGCCAGGACUCUGUUGCUGAACACUAAACGGCUCAUCGUUGACGUGAUCCGGUUCCAGCCUGGAGAGACACUCACAGAGAUUCUGGAUACGGCUGCCAGUCCAGAGCAGGAAAUGGAGUAUCAGAGGGCCAUGCAGCGGCGAGCCAUCCGGGAUGCCAAGACUCCAGAGAAGAUGAAGCAGAGCAAACCUGUGACGGAUGAUAACCUCACCCUGCAGGGCAAGAAGGACAAAAUCAAAAGUAACCUGCAGAGACUGGGCGAGAUGGGCAAAGUUCACCCUGAAAACCGCUAUCAGGAUCUUAUCAAUGACAUUGCAAAGGAUAUCAGGAACCAGCGGCGUUAUCGGCAACGCAGAAAGGCAGAGCUGGUGAAACUGCAGCAGACCAACGCUGCUCUCAACUCCAAAACCAACUUCUACAACGUGCAGAUAGACUACUACAAUCAAUACAUCAAGACCUGCAUGGACAACCUGGCCAGCAAGGGGAAGGUGAAGCCAGGUGAGACCAAGGCCAAGAAGAGCAAGCAGGUGUCUCAGAAGUACACUGCAGCUCGCCUACAUGAGAAAGGGGUGAUCAUUGAAAUUGAGGACCUGCAGACAAAUCAGUUCAAGAAUGUUAUCUUUGAGAUCUCACCGUCAGAGGUGGUGGGAGUGUUUGAAAUAAAGGCCAAGCUCAUGGGGGUUCAUUUGGAGACGCUAAUGUUAGAAUAUCAGCAUCUUCUACAGCUGCAAUAUGAAGGUGUGGCAGUAAUGAAGCUCUUUGACCGAGCCACCGUGAAUGUCAACUUGCUUAUUUUCCUGCUCAACAAGAAAUUUUAUGGCAAAUAGAGGAAAGAGACUGAAAGAGGAAAUGCAAACAGUUUUCUACUAAGACCUGCAUACACCAUUCCUUCUUGACAAUAUUCACACAUUUUUACUUAUUUUACAUCCCUUAAAAUCUUCAAGAAAUUUUUGACAUAUGCUAUUGAACCAUCUCCUACUCCUAAUUCAGCAUACACUGUAAAUUUUAAUUGCAGAAACUUCUUAGUUAUGAAUUGUGAAAACUGUACCUGCUUGAGCCCCUCUACUUGUAGCACACGUGGUCAUUGGGCUGAAAAAGCGUCGGUGUCAGCCCCUGGCCUGUGCCCAGCAGUAGUGUUCCUGGAUGCCAAAGGCCCAAACUUAAUUUCUUUUUGCUUCCCUCAGUGGAUAAAUUUAACGGUUUGGGACAUUAUAUUGUUCUAGCAGCGUUUCCUAAUGAUUUCAUUUCUGGGGACGACUUUUGUGUCCUUUGCAUUGUUGCCCUUUUUCGUGAUUGACUACCCUGCUUUUGUGCUGUCCUUGGUCCCAUGCCUAGUUAUGGUGGAUGGCACUGUAGAGGGGGGAAUAAGGACUGCUUCAGGCACCCUUGAGCCUUAAACGUAUCAUGUUUAACUGGCUGCAUCAUUUUGUUCUUCAGUAUAUCUGAGUUAUGUAUUUGUGUAGGUUUUUUUUUUUUUUUUAAUACCAAAUGGGCCUUCAGUGAAUAAUGUGCAAAAGGGAAGAAGUCAGACUUUGAGUGAGGUCUCCCAUGUGGUGAUGACAUGGACUGGGCGGAGAGCAGGAGGCUAUUCCUGUGGGCUGUCUCCACACCCAUGUGUCCACCCAAAGGGUUCUGCCAUGAUUGGAGCCGGAAGGAGGGGAUGCCACUGAAACACAGCGCAGACAAGAGCUUGAACACAGUCACCAUCUGGAAAUAAGACCGCAACAGGACCAUUUUCAAAGCAUUGUUUCAUCGGAUUGCGUGUCACAGAAUCAGUUAUAGAGAAAAAUUCUGAAGACAAGUCUUUAAUAAUGUACUUACAAUAUCAGAUGGGGUGAAAUGUCAGAUCCCAAAUGUAAUUCUCCUCUCCAAAAAAAAAAAAAAAAAAAAGAAUCAAGGCAAUACUGCUGGAAUAAAUGCCCUAGUGCUGUAAGGAUAAUCUUAUAUAUACUUAAAAGAAUAAACACUUAUUUCUGUUUUUAAAAUACUAUCACUCAAAUUAUAGGACAACGGUGAGGUGAGGCUGUAGGAAGAGUUGUCAGUGCUUUACUAUGUGUGAUGGUGGCAGGGUACAUUAAUUUUAAAAUGACUUUGCUCCACCAGGUGUCACUCUGGGUAAAAUUUACAAGGGAAUGGAGUUCACUUAAAAGUAUUCUUAAUGAUUUUGCAAAAUAUGACCGGACAAGUGGCUGCUGACUGUAUAGCUCUAGAAGUUUAAAAAA